GAUGGACCAAGUCAACCGAGAAUCUUCUGUGAUCUCCAAUCCCUAUGCGUCAAUUGCUUGGAGCGGUGUGAGCUUGUUACUGCCGCUGCUUUUAAACCCCUUAGAUCAAGCUGCCGCCCUAGCCAAAGGACUAGAAAAUAUCUCAUCUCUCAUAGUGCGAAGCUCCAUGUGGGAGGAUCUCUAUGUUCGGCGUUACGAGAUUCUUAACAAUGAAACUUUAUCGGAGCCGCAUGCUGCUUACAGAGUCGUCUUGGAAAGGAUGUACAGAGAGAUUCUCAAGUUUCAGAUCGUUUGCUAUCGCUACCACAGUCACAAAACUGCCUCUCGCAUGACACUCGAUUCGGUGAAGCAUCACGAUUGGGAGGAGCUGCUCAAACAGAUCAAAUAUCAGGAGACCGAAUUCGAUAAAGUAAGCAAUCACAUGCGGGACCAGACUUAUAGGGACGAAUGGGAAAACGCGGAGGCGCGCCAUCAACAAGCCAUGAUUCACUGGCAGAACAUCGGAACGGAUGUUUCUGAUCUAAGAAGACGAGUCGAGGAAAUACAGAAUGACAAGAAGCGCAAAGAAUUGCUCGACUGGCUUUGUACCGUCGACACUUCUGUGCAGUACAAUACUGCGCGUAGCAAACACCGCAGUGGCACCUGCGAUUGGCUGGUCAAGGAUAGCGAAGAUUUCAAGACGUGGGAAAAAGCCCCACAGUCUUCCUUGUGGCUCCACGGCAAAGCUGGCUCUGGAAAGUCGAUACUGAGCUCAUCGGUCAUCAAGUACUUGAAAGACCAGCACGAACAGGACCCCGAAGUGACCGUUAUGCUCUCAUCAAUUGUAAGACAACUGUGUGCGAGUCGCCCAGACACGCCUCAGCCGAUCAAACGGUUCGAGAACCAUAUUGCCAGGGGCGAGCGUCCAGACUUAGACGCACUUAAAGAUGCACUAAUGGCUACCAUUCGCGGGUUUUCGGCGGUAUUCAUCGUUAUAGAUGCCCUCGAUGAGUGCCCGACUCUGGAUGGGGAGCGAUCUAGGCUCUUGGACUGCCUCAGUAGCAUCAUCACCGCAAUGCCGGAUAAUCUCCAUAUUUUUUGCACAAGUAGGGCCGAGCCAGAUAUCUUCUUAGCUACCGGAACGUACGCCUUGUGGCCCGCCGAGACAAAGACUACAGCGAAGGACAUACUGAUCUCGAGGGCAGAUGGGAUGCAAGUCAAUAGAGUGGAUUAA